CGCUGAAAGCAUGGCGACGCUUGUGAAACUUUACAGUCAGCUUGAGCAAAUCAAAGAGCAGUAUUUUAUCAGAAACAGGAUUGCUGAGGAACACAGGAAGAGAGAGAAUCAGGCGGCUGUCAAAAUUCAGAGCUGGUUCAGAGGCUGCCAGGUGAGAGGAUACCUGAGUCAUCUGCAUAAAAAUGCAACAUCAAUACAGAAAAUAUGGAGAGGGUUCAUUGCACGGAAGCUGUUCAGACACAGACUAAAGGCAGCAUAUUUUAUCAUGAAGAUACAUUUCUACAAAAAGAUGGCUGUCAAGAUACAGAAGAGAUGGCGGGGCUAUUAUGUUAGAAAGUACGUACACAAUUAUUAUGCACGCAAGAGAUAUUUGGAAGGAUUGACAAGGAAGAAUAAUCAAAUCAGGAGAGAUCUGGAAGAAUUUGCAGAGCUCCAGAGAAGAGAGCGAGAACGGAUCGCUCUGGAGAAAGAGGAGCGGGAGAAAAACAUCCAGGCUCAAAAACUCCACUUUCUCCUCAGCACCAAACAGUGUCCCGGUGUUUACAACUCACCGUUUAAGACAGAGCCUGAUGAGAUGGAGCUGAGACUGAGACGAGUUAAACCACGAUCAGCUCCUAAAGAGAGGAAGACCCCUAAAAUAUCCCCUGAUCUCUUCAACCUGACCCCAAACAGAGAUCGUCUUCCACCCAUACACCAAAAGCCACAGGGGCCCUUUCGUUCAUCUCUGGAGGUGCAGCAGCAACGGUACCGGCCCCUGGAGCCGAGCCUCCGCGUGGCCACAUCCAUCACUGCCCUGGAGGAGGCCAGAGAGGAGCUCAGACGCCAGGAGUGGAGGACCCGCGUCAUCGACCAGCCUUUCCUUCCAUUCUUAAAUGCAUCCCCAAAAAAGAGGUACGAGGGCCUGAUGCACACCAGCACCCCCUUCGAACAGGUGGGAUACGGGAUCAAACAUUUUCGAGAGGAACAAAAGGAGGACCUCCAGGGGAAAAAGCCCUUCAAGACCGUCUUUACCACCUGCCACAUCUUUGACAAGUUUGGACGACUGUACUCCAACGCUGGUAAUAUUGUAUGAAGUGGCUGAGUGGAAAACAGACAAAAUCAAUAAAUAAAUGAAAA